AUGAAUGAGGUUAUUCGCGACAAGGUGGGUGUGGCCCCCAUUGAAGAUAAGAUGCAGGAAAUGAAGCUUAACAGCAAAGUUGCAGAAACCAACAACACUACUAAGGCAGUAGGAUAUGACAUCAAUCAUCCCUAUCACCUUAAUAACUCUGAUUCACCUGGUAUGACUCUAGUCAACACUGUGUUUGAUGGAAGAGUUUAUCCAGGAUGGAAGAGAUCUAUUCUUCUAUCAUGUCAGCCAAGAAGAAGCUUGGAUUCAUCAAUGGAGCUUGCAAAGCUCCUAAUCUCAACUCUACUGAAUAAGAGCAGUGGAGUUAUGUCAACGACAUGCUUGGAGCAAAGAUUUGGCAAAUCAAAUGGUGCCAAACUUUACCACCUGCAAAAGGAGUUAUCAGGUUUAGUAAAAGGUGACAGUGGCAUUGCUGGAUACUUCACCAAACUUAAGCGAUUAUGGGAUGAAUUAGAUGCACUAAAUGUAAUCAUAGCUUGUUCGUGUGUCUCUGUGUGUGAGGGAAAAGCAAAGUUGACUAAGUCUUUGGAAGAUAAAAGGAUGAAAAUCAAAGGGAAAUAUAUGCAAAUGCACACUUCAUCUCAAAUUCUGCCUCUUUCAUGGUUGCUAGACAAGGAAAACAACCAAAUGCACAGAUUUUUGCUGACUUUGCAAGCUUUCAUGGCAGCAGGACAAGGAAGGAAUAUUCAGAGGUUCAGAAAUCAGACCCCAAGAGGGACAGUAACUGCUCAAAAGUUCAACAAUCCAGCUCAAAAGAAUCAUGUCAAGACAAAUGUGGCAACAACACAUGAGGAAGAAAUUGCAACAGGACAGAACAAUGUGAACAAGAACAACAGUUUUGGCCAACAAUUAAGCAAAGAACAAACUGCAGAGAUGAUGGAGGUAUAUAAGCAUGCAAAAUUAGCACAAACAGGAAGCUCAGGAAUUAAUGCCAAUGCAAUAUCUGGUAGUAUUCUAAAAUACUCACGAUCAAUGUUUACUAGUUUGAAAUCAGAUACUUGGAUAAUUGAUUCUGGAGCAUUAGAACAUAUGUGUGUUGAUCCUAAUUCUUUCUUGUUUCUAAUUCCACUCUCUGUACCUUUGAACAUCAGUUUACCUAACUCUUUCAAGGGCCUCUCAAUGAGGAGUCCUCAAGUUUUGGUGAAGUUAGAGAAGGUCUCUACUUGUUAG